UUAGUCGAGUCCUGCCCAUUUAGCUGCGACACUUUGGAACUCCAAAAACGACGUAGGUUGGUUCUAAAUUGGACAUAAACCCUAAUUGCGUCAUCUUCUUCUUCUCUAUUUCACUAACCCGACGCAGCACAGGUUGGUUAGGUCUCGCUCAGAAACGCUUUGUUGAAUUUCAGAGUAAUGGCGAACACCAACCCCAACACCACCAGUGUUCCGAGGUCAUUCCUUCAAGUAGCGGCGACGGAGGAGGUUGCUCCUCCUCUUCGUGUCGUUCAGAUCGAAGGACUGGUAAUUUUGAAGAUUAUAAAGCACUGCAAGGAAUUUUCUCCAGCUUUAGUAACUGGUCAGCUUCUUGGUUUGGAUGUUGGCAGUGUUCUUGAAGUUACCAAUUGUUUUCCUUUCCCGAUUCGAGAGGAGGAUGAAGAGAUUGAAGCUGAUGGGGCUAAUUACCAGCUUGAAAUGAUGAGAUGCUUAAGGGAAGUUAAUGUUGACAAUAACACUGUUGGCUGGUAUCAAUCAACGUUGUUAGGGUCUUUCCAAACUGUGGAAUUGAUCGAAACUUUUAUGAAUUAUCAGGAAAAUAUUAGUCGAUGUGUUUGUAUUAUAUAUGAUCCUUCAAGAUCCAAUCAAGGUGUCUUAGCUCUCAAGGCCUUGAAGCUUUCUGAUGCUUUCAUGGAUCUGUACCGAACUAACAAUUUUACUGGGGAGAAGCUGAGAGAGAAAAACUUGUCAUGGGUUGAUAUCUUUGAGGAAAUUCCUAUCAAGGUUUCAAAUUCUGCGCUUAUCAGCGCCUUCAUGACUGAGCAAGAGGCUGAUUCACCUGUCACCCAAUGUGAUUAUGAUCGCCUCCAAUUAUCAACCAGUCCAUUUUUGGAGAGAAAUGUCGAAUUUUUGGUCGAAUGCAUGGAUGAAUUGUCAAUUGAACAGCAGAAGUUCCAAUUUUACUAUCGGAAUCUUUCACGGCAACAAGCUCAGCAGCAAGCUUGGCUUCAGAAGAGAAGGUCAGAGAACAUGGCACGUAAAGCUGCAGGAGAGGAGCUUUUGCCUGAGGAAGAUCCUUCAAACGCCGUCUUCAAGCCAAUACCUGAACCAUCACGUUUGGAUAGCUUCCUCAUCACAAAUCAAAUUUCCAACUUUUGCAACCAAAUUAAUGGGGUUACUGGGCAAAGCUUUAGCCGGUUGUACUUGAUGAAAGCUUUACAAGAAGAUUGAUAUUACCUCAUCCUGGAAGUGUAUCAAUUGGAAUAAUUAAAUUUUUUGGUGAGGGGGUUAUUUAUUAUCUAUCGUUUUGAUAGUGGCUGUAGCAUGGCAACUUACAAUUGCUUUUGUAAUUUGUUCUUUGAUAUACUAUUAAUUUACAAUUUUGGAGUAUUAUUUUUUCA